UUUACUUCCAACUGGUAGGUUGACCUCAAGUGUACUUCACCGGCGGUUGGAGGAUAUUUUUACAGAGAUCACUUACCACCCCUCACAAUGCAGAUAAGGAAAUCCCAAAGUGGGUUUUCGACUGGUGACAAAGUCUACCUUCAGAAGCUUACAACAAAAAAGCUUCAGGAGCUAUCCGCUGGUCAUGGGGAGUGGAACCCACAAAUGGAAAGGUAUGUAGGAAAAAUUGGUGUGGUGCAAGAUUUCACAACCAAAGGUGAUGUUGUUGUAGAGUACCUCGACAGAAUAUGGCGUUACAAUCCAGAAGCUUUGACAAAGAUACAACAAUUUAAGAAAGGCGAUGAAGUCGUUGUCAAAAGUGAUAAGAACUUCGUCAAAGAGCUCCAAAAAGAUCAUGGAGGAUGGAACCAGUGUAUGAUAUCGAUCCUUGGUCGUACUGGAAAGGUAUUGGAGGUUGAUAGUGAUGGUGAUAUCUUAGUGUCAGUAGAAGGCGCAAGAUGGAUAUUGAGCCCAGCGGCUGUGACUUCUGUCACUGACCCAGGCCCCCGGCAGUCAACUGAAGCUGGUGAUAUGGACAGCGGAGAUCCUUUAGGGCUUUUCAGUCUCUUUAGAGACUUCCUACGUCAAGCCCAUGAACAGGCGGAACCUGGCCUUGUAUUUGCUGCACAAAGCAACAAUCUUUCAAGAGUCAAAGAGAUCUUGGAUGCUAACCCAGAAAGGAUAGAUGAGCUGGAGAGUGGUCACACAGCUCUUCAUAUGGCAUGUCACCAGGGGCACUGUGACAUCAUCAGAGAACUGCUUGAGAGAGGAGCUAAUAGAGAUAUAUUGGAUAAUCAGGGAUACACAGCCAUGCAUCACUCUACUUACCAGGACAGAACCGGGGAAGCAUUGAAACUGUUACUGGAAAGAGGUUUUGACCCAAAUGCUCGACACUUAAGCAACAGGAGCACACCCUUGCAUUUGGCUGUGAAAAGGAAAAACGAAACGGCAGUUAGGAUCCUCACACAGUGCCCUGAGUGUAAUGUUGAUCUACAGGACGAGGCAGGUGAUACCCCACUCCACGAUGCCAUCCUUCUAGAACAUCACAGCAUAAUGGAUAUGCUGUUGGACUGCCCAAGAAUUUGUCUUACUCUUUGCAACAGAAUAGGUUUCAAUUUCCUUCAACUCGCUGUUUUCAAGGGAAAUAAGCGCGCCGUGGAAAGAGUUUUUGCUAAGACCGGGAAUGCUUUAAAUGUUGCCAAAAUUGAUGGUUUUACGACCCUUCAUAUUGCAGCAAUUAAUGAUCACCGGGAGAUAGCUAAGAUCCUCUUAAAGAAGCCGGGGUGUGAGGUCGAUGCUACAACCUCUGAAAAUCAAUCGGCACUUCAUUUAGCCGCAAAUGAGGGGUACUCAGGCAUGGUAGAAAUGUUGCUGGACCACGGUGCCGAUGUUAAUGCGGUGGAUAAAGACGGAGAUACGGCACUUCAUAUUACUUUAAUAAAGGAACACAUACAACAGAGGAAUCUGGGAGAAAUGCCUGGUCUGGAGUUACUACUUAGGGGUGUACGAAGAAGUAGUGCGUCCUUUGUCGCUGUCUCACGCUGCUUGUUAAGCUAUGGAGCUAAUGUGUUCAAAAUCAAUGGCUCAGGGGAAACACCGCUGGACAGAUGUCGAGGAUCGGAAGUUGAGCAAAUCAUUCGGGAGAUUGCAACAUGUGGAGGGACUACAAACAACAAAAAAGUUCCAAGUUUUGGGUUAUCCGGCGCAUCGCAAACCGAACCUGAAGUAGAUGGUGCUUCAUCUUCAGCAAGUGUGGAAACACUGAUAGACGAGACUGAAAAUAGUGAUGAAAAUCAAACAGAUAGCGCGAGUAGCACAGAUGAGGUAGAGAAUACGUUUAUACGGCGCCUAAUAAGCGACAUCUGCAGUGGAGAUCAACAACAAUCAGCAUUAGUGGAGAUAUCAGACGAGAUGGAAAGUAACGACUCCAAGGUAGGCGAAACAGCUGAAGGUGUAUCACAAGAGACAGCCCUCGUGGAAAAUGUAAUGGAAGAGGACAUAUUGUAUCAAAUGAAAAGUUUCACUUCAGGGGAAGUUCUAAAAUCAAUUUAGCACGUGGUACCACUUACUGGUACUGGUCAGUGGUCAGCUAAGAUGGCGACAAAGUUUCUCAAUCCACUGAUUUUCAAGUUGUUUUAGCUAUUUUUUAUGUACAGAAACUUCAUCAUUUCUCCGAAAAUACACGUGAAUCAUCCAACCUCAACUUGGUUGUUACUUUCGGAAGAAAAAACUCGUUGCACUUGGGAUAUGAAGCAUUCUACCAGCGAGUUAAUUCCAAGAUAUCACUGAAUUCGUCAACAUCUUCGAACUCUGGGCUAUUAUUGCUCUCUAUUUUACUCUUAAGCGGUGAUAUUCAGCCUAAUCCUGGACCAAACUGGAGAUAUCCAUGUGGGGCUUGUACUAAACCAGUAAAAGUCAACCAGAAAGGAGUGCAAUGCGAUGUAUGUGACCAUUGCUAUCAUACUAAAUGCUGUUCGAUGAGCGAUGAAACUUACAACACUGUAGCAAAUACAUCGUAUGUCUGGCUCUGCGUUAGCUGUGACCAGCCGAGUUACUCUGAGCCUGAAUUAUCGGUUGACUUGUCCUUACAUAAUUCUUUCUCCACUCUGUGCUCAGAGUCUCUAUCUUCAAGCCAAUCUGAACCCCUAGUAUCAUCCUCGACACCACAGUCAAACCUAUCAAAAAGUCAUCGACGUCUCACUGGAAACAAACUUCGAGUUUUAUCGAUUAAUGCUUGUAGUCUUCGAAGUACCUCAAAACGUCUUGAAUUCCACAAUAUUAUUGAUCAAUAUAAACCAUCAAUCAUUAAUGUCAAUGUUCCACAUCUUGACGAUUCUAUCUACUCAAAUGAAAUUGUUGACAAGGGGUAUACGAUCCUCAGAAAAGACAAGAACAUGCAUGGUGGAGGAGUACUAUCAGCUUUUUCAUCUGAUCUAAUAGUCUCCCAAGAGCAUGAAUUAUCUGGCAAUUAUGAAGGGACCUGGUCCAAAUUGGAAAUUGCUGGUAUGAAGCCCCUCUAUAUUGGCUCAAUUUAUCGACCACCAGAUUCUGAUAUCAACUCAUUGGAGGCAUUAGAUUAUGCUUUGUGUCAUCUAUCUGAAAAAUCUCGUCCAACCUUACCCAAUGUUUUGUUGACCGGUGAUUUCAACUUGCCUGGUAUUUCGUGGUCUGAUGAUAAUUAUCUCAUACAAUCCAGCUCAUCACAUGGUCUUAGGGUAAACAACAAGUUGCUGGACAUUAUCAACGAUCACUCCUUGACUCAACAUGUUAAGAAGCCAACAAGGGGUGACAAUAUCCUUGAUUUAGUCUUUUCCACUAAUCCAGAUAUGAUAUCCAAUGUCAAAAUUGAAUGUGGAAUGAGUGACCAUGACAUUGUUGUCUUUGACGUAAAAUUGAACCAGCACUCAAUAAAAAAAAACCAAGAAGA